CUUGCAUUUAUGGAAAAUAUACAAAAUAUGGAUAUUAAUCAGAAAGUGAUAAAUUAUUUAAAAGUUUUAUCGCAAUAUUAUGAUAGCAUUGACUUACCAAAAAUAAAUGAUGUGAACUUGUCUGAUAACGAAAAUAUAAAAAUUGUUUUAAUGAGAUUAAUUGAUAAUUCAUAUACUUUGAUACAAAGGCACAAAAAAUUACAAGAGCAAGUUACCGAAUUGCAAAGUGAAAAUAGUCAACAGAUAAAAAAAUUAACAAAUUUAAAAGUAAGUAAACCUUCAAACACUUCCUUUUAUUAUUACAAAUGUCAACUACUAAUGUCUUUUAUUUUUUUAUUUUAUGAGAAUUAUGACUACUAA